AUGUCUUCAAACGUUACUUAUGGAAAUUUCGAUACUCAUUUUUACAAAGGUAAAGAUGAAGUUGAUGAUGAUGGAGUUUUAGUGGUUAAUAAAGUUAAUAGAGCUAAUGCUAAAUAUCCUGAAUUCUUACCAACUUGGGAUCCAACUCAAAAAUAUCCUCCUUUGAAAUUCUUUAAACAUGAAGAUCCAGGUCGUAGAGCUGAUCCAAAUUUCCCAAAUUUAUUCCCAAAAGAUUCUGAUUUCAAAGUUAAAAGAAUAACUCCAAAAUUAGGUAGUGAAGUUAGAGGUGUUCAAUUAAGUCAAUUAGAUGACCAAGGUAAAGAUGAAUUAGCUUUAUUGAUUGCUCAAAGAGGGGUUGUUGUGUUUAGAGAUCAAGAUUUUGCUUCCAAAGGUCCUGAAUUCGUGGUUAAUUACGCAAGACAUUUUGGUAGAUUACAUAUUCAUCCAACUUCAGGAGCUCCAAGAGGUUUCCCAGAAUUACAUAUUACUUACAGAAGACCUGAUGCUGGUGAAUUCGAAAGAGUAUUUGCCAAUAGUACAAAUGCUGUCAGUUAUCAUUCUGAUGUCUCAUAUGAAUUACAACCACCUGGUGUAACAUUCUUCUCUGUUUUAGAAGGUCCAGAUGCAGGUGGUGAUACCAUCUUUGCCGAUUCAGUCGAAGCUUAUAAUAGACUUUCUCCAGCCUUCCAAGAAAGAUUAGCUGGUUUACAUGUCUUACAUACUUCUGAAGAUCAAGCAUCUAAUUCCAGAGGUCAAGGUGGUAUUGAAAGAAGAAAACCAGUUUCAAGUAUUCAUCCAUUAAUUAGAACUCAUCCAGUUACUGGAGCUAAAAGUAUCUUUAUCAAUAGACCAUUCUCAAGAAGAAUUGUUGAAUUAAAAGAUGAAGAAUCCACUAAUUUAUUAAACUUUUUAUAUAAUCACAUUGAACAAUCUCAUGAUUUACAAUUAAGAGCAAGUUGGGAACCAAAGACCGUUGUUAUCUGGGAUAACAGAAGAACCCAUCAUUCUGCUAUUAUUGAUUGGGAUACUCCAGUUUCAAGACAUGCUUUCAGAAUCACUCCUCAAGCUGAACGACCAGUUGAAGAUUUAGCUGAUUUAAAUAAAGAAGAAAAUGAUGUGGGUGAUGUUGCUGAAGCUUUAAAGAAAGUUUUACCUGGAUUAAAUUAG